CGAUAGCAGAAAAAUAUGUGUAUGCGGACCUCCUGUUGAACUCCGCUGCAGCAGACUCGAGAUCAACAACCCUUCAAUGCCCCUCUGAACCUCUGAACCUCUGUUUUCCCGGGCUCCAGCGUAUACUCACCCCGCCAUGUCUGAGGAUGCCCCGCGGACAGACCAAGGUGCUGCCGACGAGGCUCGAGAUGCGCCAGCCGCCCCCACCAGCUCGACAACCCCCCGCGUACAGACCAGUACUACGGAAAUAGACAGCACAAUCAUACAUCCAGGCUCGGUGCGGAUCAAUGUGAAGGGCGCUUUUAUUGUCGAUCAGGAUUCCGCGUCUCCCAGUGGUACGCCUGCGAGUCGACCGAGCUAUGGCACGAAAGACAUUCGAUUACCGUAUCAUACCGCGGUUGUCAGUCAUAUUGCUGUGGAUAUCGGUGGAACCCUAGCCAAGCUUGUCUACUUCUCCCGCGAGCCCUAUUCUCGAGAACCAGGUGGCCGCCUGAACUUUAUAAACUUCGAGACCAACCGUAUAGACGACUGCAUAGAGUUCAUGAACCAGCUGAAGAUGAAGCAGCAAACGCUCAAUGGAUCAAAGCCAGAGGAACUGUGUGUUAUAGCGACAGGCGGGGGAGCAUACAAAUUCUACGACAGGAUCCGGGACGUCUUAGGCGUUGAUGUGCUGAGAGAGGACGAGAUGGAGUGCCUAAUCAUUGGCCUUGACUUCUUUAUUACAGAGAUCCCCCGCGAGGUGUUCACGUAUAGUGAAACACACCUAAUGCGCUUCGAAGAUCAGCGAUCAGACAUCUAUCCCUACCUCUUAGUCAACAUUGGUUCUGGUGUUAGCAUGAUCAAAGUCUCCGGGCCACGGGCGUAUGAGAGAGUCGGAGGGACCUCCCUCGGGGGCGGAACACUAUGGGGCCUCCUCUCCCUCUUGACUGGCGCAGGCAGCUUUGACGAAAUGCUUGACCUGGCCGAACGAGGGAACAAUGCCAAGGUCGACAUGUUGGUAGGAGAUAUCUAUGGGACCGACUAUGGGAAAAUAGGAUUGAAGAGUAGCACAAUUGCGAGUUCGUUCGGAAAGGUAUUUCGUAUAAAACAGGAGGCAGAGAAGGGCACAGAAUGCCAAUCCACAGAUCCGACAUCAGUCGAUGAUCGACCUCCUCCGGCCGCGGACUCUCCUGCGGCCCCCUUCUCUUCGGCGGACGUCUCGCGGUCUCUCUUGUAUGCAAUCUCGAAUAACAUCGGGCAGAUUGCGUACCUGCAGUCGGAGAAGCAUUCCCUCUCGACGAUUUAUUUCGGGGGCAGUUUCAUCAGAGGCCACCGGCAGACGAUGAACACGCUCAGCUAUGCCAUCAAAUUCUGGAGCAAGGGGGAGAAGAAGGCAUAUUUCUUGAGGCAUGAGGGAUACCUUGGCGCAGUGGGAGCGUUUCUGAAGAGACAGCCCCGGAAUUGGGGGAGGAGGGGGAGUUUUGAGGAGGGCGUUGGGCUGGGGACGGAGGCCAGGGCAGAGGCGGGGUCUCGAGCAGGGGCAGAAGAGUGAGAGAGGGGAUCAUCAUGGUGUUGUUGUCUUUCAUGUGGGACCGAAGGAAUGAAUCCUUGACGAGGCGUGGAGAGCCAUAGAUAGAUUUGCGUGCGUGCGACUUGAGUCGACUGGGUAUCCGCCUGGAAGUCGUAGAUGUCUAUAUCACAACACAACAAAAGGGUUAUACAUACCUUAAACAAGCCCCUCUGCAGAAAAGCCAUCAUCGCAUUCGAUUUCGCGUGGGCCUCGCUCGCUCUCGCUCCCGCGCUCCCUCGCUGCCCCGCAAGUUGUUAAGCUGCAACAACGGGAUUCUUGCCUCG